AUGAAGGUAAUAGACAAGAUCCGCGAGUCCUCCGCCGGCAAUGCCGUCUUCUCGUUCGAGUUCUUCCCUCCCAAGACGGAGGACGGCGUCGACAACCUGUUCGAGCGGAUGGACCGCAUGGCCGCCUGCGGGCCCACCUUCUGCGACAUCACUUGGGGCGCCGGCGGCACCACCGCCGAUCUGACCCUGGAGAUCGCCAACCGGAUGCAGAACAUGGUCUGCGUCGAGACCAUGAUGCAUCUCACCUGCACCAACAUGCCCCUAGAGAAGAUCGACCACGCCCUCGCCACCAUCAAGUCCAACGGCAUUCAGAACGUCCUCGCCCUGCGCGGCGACCCUCCCCACGGUCAGGAAAAGUUCGUUCAGGUCGACGGGGGCUUCGGGUGCGCCCUCGACCUCGUUAAGCAUAUUCGUGCCAAAUAUGGGGACUAUUUUGGGAUAACUGUUGCUGGUUAUCCAGAGGGGCAUCCUGAUGUUAUUCAGGACGGAGUUGUACCACCAGAGGCCUAUCAGAAUGAACUUGCCUACCUUAAGCAAAAGGUUGAUUCUGGAGCUGAAGUUGUUGUCACCCAACUAUUCUAUGACACUGACAUCUUCCUCAGAUUUGUCAAUGACUGUCGACAAAUUGGAAUAACUUGUCCUAUAGUACCGGGUAUCAUGCCCAUUAAUAACUACAAGGGCUUCCUCCGCAUGAUUGGUUUUUGUAAAACUAAGAUCCCACCUGAAAUUAUCGCUGCCUUAGAACCAAUCAAGGACAAUGAAGAAGCUGUCAGGGCUUAUGGUAUUCAUUUGGGGACUGAAAUGUGCAAGAAAAUUUUGGCCUGUGGGAUCAGAACAUUACAUCUUUAUACAUUAAACAUGGAGAAAUCAGCUUUGGCUAUACUGAUGAAUCUUGGGUUGAUCGAGGAGUCCAAAAUUUCAAGACCCUUGCCUUGGAGACGUCCAGCAAAUGUUUUUCGUGUAAAAGAAAAUGUGCGCCCAAUAUUCUGGGCUAAUCGUCCUAAAAGUUACAUAUCAAGAACUAUAGGUUGGGACCAAUUCCCAACUGGCAGAUGGGGUGAUUAUCAGAAUCCAUCUUUUGGAGCACUGAGUGAUUAUCAGUUUAUACGACCUCGUGCGCGUGACAAGAAAAUUGGUGAAGAAUGGGCCACACCUUUGAAAAAUGUGGAAGAUAUUUGUGAGGUUAUCAUCUUUUGGUCCAAAUUUGUUUUCAUUAAAAACCUCGAUAUUUACAAAAUUCCAGUCCUUACCAAGCUUUCAACACAACAGAAAUUCACGAAGUUCUGCCUUGGGAAAUUGCGAAGUAACCCGUGGUCAGAACUAGAUGGUCUUCAACCAGAGACCAAAAUCAUUAAUGAACAACUUGCCGACAUUAACCUGAAAGGUUUUCUUACAAUCAACAGCCAACCAGCAGUCAAUGGACUGAAAUCGGACUCGCCAUCUUUUGGAUGGGGUGGGCCCGGCGGAUAUGUGUACCAGAAGGCAUACUUGGAGUUUUUCUGUUCUUUGGAGAGCCUGAAUACUCUAGUGGAGAAGUGCAUGUCAUUCCCAUUCCUCACAUACAUGGCUGUGAACAAACAAGGAAACUUAAUAUCAAACAUGAAAAAUGGGGAUGUGAAUGCAGUCACGUGGGGGGUUUUCCCAGCAAAGGAGAUCAUUCAACCCACUGUUGUUGACCCUGCAAGCUUUAUGGUAUGGAAGGAUGAAGCUUAUGAAUUAUGGUCAAGAGGAUGGGGUAAACUGUACCCAGAAUCUGAUCCUUCCAGAAAAUUACUUGAAGAGGUCCAAAGCAGUUAUUAUUUGGUUAGCUUGGUUGACAAUGACUACAUCCAUGGGGAUUUGUUUGCUGUGUUUCAAGACAUUUGA